GGGAGUGCCAAAGUGGCGUCAGCAUUGGGCAAAGGUGGGAGUGCCAAAGUGGCGUCAGCGUUGGGCAAAGGUGGGAGUGCCAAAGUGCCGUCAGCGUUGGGCAAAGGUGGGAGUGCCAAAGUGCCGUCAGCGUUGGGCAAAGGUGGGAGUGCCAAAGUGCCGUCAGCGUUGGGCAAAGGUGGGAGUGCCAAAGUGCCGUCAGCGUUGGGCAAAGGUGGGAGUGCCAAAGUGCCGUCAGCGUUGGGCAAAGGUGGGAGUGCCAAAGUGCCGUCAGCGUUGGGCAAAGGUGGGAGUGCCAAAGUGCCGUCAGCAUUGGGCAAAGGUGGGAGUGCCAAAGUCCCAUCAGUGUUGGGCAAAGGUAGGAGUGCCGAAGUGCCGUCAGAG